CUUCACAGCCACCACCGCCCCCGCGGGGUGGAGCACCUGCCAGGGCGCGCAGGGCGGGGCCGAGAGAUGUGCUGUCCACUGCGCGCGCGGCCGGGGUUCCAGUGAGCAAGUGCGGCGGGGCGCUCGGUGCAGUUGAGCGUGCGGGCCGAGUCCUGAAGGGUUGCGGGACCUGGGCACGAUGAAACCCGAAGGGGAGCGGCCGACGGUCGGGGUUGCCUGCGAUGGCUUCUCAGAGCUGGAGCUGCUGAAACUGCGCGCGGCAGAGCGCAUCGACGAGGCGGCUGAGCGGCUGGGGGCCCUGAGCCAAGCCAUCUGGAGCGAGCCUGAGCUGGCCUACGAGGAACACCGUGCCCACCGUGUGCUGACGGGCUUCUUCGAGCAGGAGCCGCCGGCCGCCUCCUGGGUGGUGCAGCCGCACUAUCAGCUGCCGACCGCCUUUCGCGCGGAAUGGGAGACGCGGAGCGCAACGCGGUGCGCGCUGCACUUGGGCUUCCUCUGCGAGUAUGACGCGCUGCCCGGCAUCGGCCACGCCUGCGGUCACAACCUCAUAGCCGAGGUUGGGGCGGCGGCCGCUCUGGGAUUGAGGGGGGCCCUAGAGAGCCUCCCUGGGCCUCCUCCGUCGGUGAAGAUAAGUGUCCUGGGAACCCCUGCAGAAGAAGAUGGUGGUGGCAAAAUUGAUCUAAUUGAAGCAGGAGCUUUUGAAAACCUCGAUGUUGUUUUCAUGGCCCAUCCAUCCCAAGAGAAUGCUGCUUAUCUACCCGAUGUGGCCGAACAUGAUGUGACUGUGAAAUACUAUGGAAAAGCAUCUCAUGCUGCUGCUUACCCCUGGGAAGGAGUCAAUGCCUUAGAUGCUGCUGUUCUUGCCUACAACAAUUUGUCUGUGUUAAGACAGCAAAUGAAACCAACCUGGAGAGUUCAUGGUAUAAUAAAAAAUGGUGGUGUAAAACCAAAUAUCAUUCCCUCUUACUCUGAAUUAAUUUAUUACUUCCGUGCACCCUCAUUGAAAGAACUUCAAGUUUUGACCAAAAAGGCAGAAGAUUGCUUCAGAUCUGCAGCUUUGGCUACAGGGUGCACAGUAGAAAUUAAAGGUGGAGCACAUGAUUAUUACAAUGUUCUACCCAACAAGAGCCUAUGGAAAGCUUACAUGGAGAAUGGAGAAAAGCUGGGAAUGGAGUUCAUUUCAGAAGAUACAAUGCUGAAUGACACUUCAGGAUCUACCGAUUUUGGAAAUGUUUCUUUUGUGGUCCCUGGAAUUCAUCCAUAUUUUUACAUUGGAUCCAACGCCUUGAAUCAUACUGAAGAGUACACUAAAGCUGCAGGAUCACAAGAAGCUCAGUUCUACACUUUGCGAACAGCCAAGGCUCUAGCAAUGACUGCAUUGGAUGUUAUUUUUAAACCAGAAUUGCUGGAAAGAAUCAGAGAGGACUUUAAAUUGAAACUUCAGGAAGAACAAUUUUUAAAUACAGUAGAAUAAAAAGGAGACUUAGGAGUGGUUUAUGAAUCAUUAAGAAGUGAUGAUUUUUUUCUUUAAUCUUUUUAAUGAAGAGAACAUGCUUGUUUUGAAUCUUAAAGGAAUCAAAUUCUUCUUACCUGAUAUGUAAGAACAGGGUAUGGUGAAAACAUUCACUCAUAUCUAAAAUGAAAUUUUUGGGUGAAUCUAUACUUGAUGGAAUUGUGAUAUUUCAAGAGUUGGUAGGUGAUACUGCUGCUUAAGAUGGAUGGUACAUGAUGUGUCAAAAUAAUAUUGAUAAAAUCUGUAUAAUAAUUUACAGAUUUAUAUAUUAUAUAUUUUAAAAGGUCCAAGAGGUUUCAAACCUUAUAUACAGAAUUGACACCCACGAAAUGGUUUUGUGGUACAGAGUGGUAAACUUAUUUAAUGUAGUUUUAAAGUUCAUGGUCUAAAUUUAGGUAAAGUUUGUUUCAAAUAUUUCUGUUUUUGCUUCAGAAAAUCUCUUCAUUUAUAAUAAAAGUAGCUUUUAAUUAGAAAUGCUUGCGGGUAACAACUAGAAACUCAGAUACAAAGAAUAACUUUAGUUUUACCAUUUGAAGAAAAAUGAGAAUGUUCUAGUUUUUACACAUAAUCAACUCUGGGAAGUGGCAUUAAAGUAAUUGGUAAUUCAAUGUUACAGUAAGAGGGUAAAUGUUGGAUGGUCAGGAUCGGACUCUUCCUUUAAGGCAUUUGCACGGUAGCCCUGUGUGU